UUGGUUGGUUGUGCUUGUGCUGUGUCCAGUUUUCGGUCACUUAGAAGAUGAAUUGGAUAUCAGUGACCUGAUUUUCACCAGGAAGAUCCCGAGGGAUUACUACGAUCGUUUAGAUCUGGCAGAUUGUCACUCUCGAUUCCAUGACCGGCGAGUGGAAAUGUAUCAGAAGGCCGUUUUCGGUGGAACCAAGGCCAAUGAAACCGAAUUUCCACACAUGGCCGUUGUCGGAUGGACCAACGCGGACAAAGGUAUAGAUUGGGGAUGUGGAGGUUCAUUGAUUACGAAGCGUUUUGUAUUGACGGCCGCUCAUUGUAUGCAGAAAAACGAACAAACUCCAACCGUUGUCAGACUAGGAGACGUUGAUCUUGCAUCGAGUGAUGAUGAUCGGUAUUCUCAACAGUUCAAUGUGAAAGAUACGAUACGUCAUCCACAACAUUCAUUCAAACAAAAGUAUUUUGACUUGGCACUGAUUGAGCUAGACAGAGAUGUUAUUUUAACGCCGGGAGUCUGUCCAGCAUGUUUGUGGCAUGAGGAAACCUUUCCUUAUGCAUACCUGGACGUUGCAGGGUACGGAGCGACUGGAUUCGCUGAAGACACCAGCCCUAAUCUAUUGAAGGCUACACUUUCUCCUGCUGAUCAUGAAAUGUGUGUCAAAUCUUAUCCCAGCGAUAGAAGAUUGCCACAAGGAAUUACCGGUGAUCAGCUGUGUGCAGUUGGAGCCCACAGUGAUACCUGUCCUGGAGACUCCGGAGGUCCGUUACAAACGACACUUCGGACGUACCAUCGGAAGGUGGCUUUUCUCGUGGGAGUUACCUCGUUUGGAAGUGCUUGUGGUCUCGGUAUUUAUGGCGUGUAUCAAAAGGUUGCUCCACAUAUCAAGUGGAUUGAAUCAGUCGUCAAGGAAUCUUUGGAUCCUUUAACAUGCGUUAAAAACUACGAGAACUACUUGGUGCAGGAGCAACUUGGUCAGGAGUACGAAGCUGUCGGUUCGUAUUUCAGUCGAGUCUACCUUCACUGGAAAAAUCCCUCGGGUGAACCUAAGUGUGGCGGUACACUCAUAGACUACAAUACUGUUGUAACAUCUGCUCAUUGUACUCACAACUCUCGAGGAGAGCAUCCAAUUGCAAUUUCGAUUCUUGGGCAACGCAACCGAAUUAUAGAUAUCCAAGUGCAUCGCAAAUUCGAACAGGGUCGAUUUUACAACGACAUUGCAUUAUUAAGAUUGAAGAAGUAUCUGCGCGACUCAGAUAUCAUAGCACCGCCAUGUUUACCCUAUACUAGUGCGAUAGAUGCCUUUGUAGCACCGAACAAUUCAGUAUCAAUUCGCUUACCGAAGGAAGGACUCGAACCGAAGCUUCAAAUAUUUCUCGCCGCUAAAGCAAUCUGCGGAAACGACGAAAUCAUCAAAUGGCCAGAAUAUGCCGAAAAACUCCCCAAAUUCCUGGGGAAAUCUUUAAGCUGUUACAAAGCGGACUAUAACAUGGUGCCUGGAUUGGCAGAGGCUGACAUCGGAGGUCCACUACUCAGCGCGGAUGAAUCGGUUCUAUAUGGUAUCAAUGUGCUGGCACGGGACGGGGGAUCGUUCAGUCCUCUGAUUACCUUGGAUUUAGACCGCAAUAUACGCUGGAUCGAAGAGUUUGUGCUAGAUCGUAGCUGGGCUCCCAACCAAGGUGAACCAGAAUCAGCAGAACAUUUGGUGCGUGAAGAAGGUUCUGCCUGCGUAACUUUCGACAAUAAACGGGGUCACUGUCGGGCGGCGCUACAAUGCAGAGAGGAGCUUGAACGUUAUCAACAAGGAUGGGUGAAACCGACUAUUUGCAGCUAUCACCGUCGGAAGAUGGUAAUCUGCUGUCCACGAAGGUUUGAGAACACAUCCCCAAGACGCCGAAAUGGUUAG